AUGUCCGACGCCCUCUUUGACGAGUUUGGUACUCUUCCCGGCCACCUUUUUAAUUCUGGAAAACAGGCGUUGAAGUUUUUCGGCUAUUUUCUCAAUGGCAAUACCCAGCAGCUCGACUGGAACAAUCAACUUGCUCAGGAAUCCACCUCGCUUCAAACUGUGGCUGAAAAGACAGCCCAAUUCCUCGGGAAAGUUGGUUCGGGAUCAUUCGAUAAGGAUUCGUUAUCAGAUAUAAUUCAGGCUGGGUUUACCAGUCUGGAACAAAAAGAAGAUUCGGGAUUCGCCCACUAUGAAAAAGAAGGCGACAAGAGCGCAUUUACUUACAGGCUGGUGUUUGAGGCACCCAACCCCGACAUCCCCAGUGAUUUCUAUGCCCUGGUCGUCACUCAUAAGUUGAUAGCUGACAUCACUGAGAAGUGGGAUUGGUUUGGCCUUGGCCCGGGCAGUACCCGGAACUUCUCUGCCGAAGUAAACGUCAUGAAGCUAGCCUGCAACCAAAAUUUUGUCGCUGGGCCUAAGCCGCCGAUGUGA